UACCAGUCUGAUAGUCUGAUCUAUUGUUAGAGAAAAGUCCGAGAGAGGAGAGGGAAGCUGUGGGAGAAGGAUCAACAGAAGUAGGAAGUCCAGACUGAGAAGCAUAGUCACCACACGGCACUCGAGCGGCGCAUCAGAUCAGAUUAGUGUAAUCUGAUAUAUCACAGUACUUUGUAAACAUCUGAAUCCAGAUCUCCCAUCAUGCCCGUGAUUGUGCUGCAGUCGUCCCGCCUGCUUUGGGCGCGUGUGGCGGCUCUGUUGUUCACCUGCGUAGCGUUUAGCGUGGCUGCCCACGGGGGGCGUCUACUGGGCGCCAUGUCCGACUGGUGCAUGUUUUGCUGGGUGUUCAGCUUCGUUGGCACGAUACUAGUGCUAACAGUGGAGCUACUGGGCCUGCAGGCACGCGUGCCGGUCUCCUGGAACAACUUCCCCAUCACGUUGGGGUGCUACGCCGCCCUGCUCUGCCUCUCGGCUUCCAUCGUCUUCCCCCUGUACUUCCUGAAGGAUAAGAACCUCUACGGAGAGACGCGGGACUACCGGAUCGUCAGCUCUGUUUUCUCCUGCCUCGCUACGGUGGCGUACCUGGUGGAGGUGAGCCUGGCACGGGCCAGGCCGGGCGAGGUGGCCGCGUACAUGGCGACGGUGCCGGGUCUGCUGAAGGUGUGCGAGACGUUCGUGGCCAGCGUGAUUUUCGUCUUCGUCAGCGAUCCCGUGUCGUACGACCGGCACGCGGCGCUGAAGUGGUGCAUGGCCGUGUACUGCAUCUGCUUCGUGAUUUCGGCCGCCAUCGUGGUGCUCUGCGUGGGCGAGUGUACGGGCUACCUGCCCUUCCCGUUUGCCCGUUUCCUGUCUGCAUACGCCCUGCUGGCUGCUGCCAUGUACCUCACCGCUACUAUUAUCUGGCCAGUCUUCCAGUUCGACAGUAAUCACAGCGCUGAGUCCCGAAGGCCGAGUUAUUGUCAAAACACGGUGGGAUUCUGUCCGUGGGAUAAACUGGUAGCGGUCGCUGUCCUUACUGCCCUCAACUUUCUGAUCUAUGUGGCAGAUCUGGUUUAUUCUGCUCGACUCGUGUUUGUCCGCACGUAAACUUUGCGACGCCGGUCCGAACUGUUGAAUGUUUAGUGUUUUUAUGUAUUAGGCGUGUGUCAACUUUCAUAUCACAAUAUUUGGAGCUGUUUUGUUACUCACUCACUCACGUUUAGCAGCAGGGAGCUGUUAACACUCUAUAUUCUGUGUGCUUUACAUCAAUGACCCUGUGUAUCCCUGUUCUUCUACCUUUCUGUUUAUGUUCUUGUAGCGUUAUUUACACUAUAUGGCCAAAAGUAUUCGCUGGUCUGCCUUCACACGCAUAUGAACUUGUGUGACGUCACAUUCUUAAUCCAUAGGGUUUAAUAUGAUGUUGAUGACCCCUUGCAGCUAUAACAGCUUCAACUCCUCUGGGAAGGCUUUCCACAAGGUUUACCGGAUACUGUGAAGUGUGAAGGUACUACUGUUUUCUCCCCAUUGCCCACAUUUUCAAAAAAUAGGCUGGAACAAUCACUCUGAACUUCUUCUUUGAUGGAAGUGAGUAAGAAGCCGUAUGUGUGAUGCUGCAUUAUAGAUAUUUUAAAUACGUUUAAGACGUUCAUUAUAACAGUAUGAAAAGUGUUAAAUGUAGUGAUAUCGUUUAUGUGAGUUGGCACAUGCUAACCACCUACCACUGCUGCCUUAAUGUGAAAGAUCUCAAUGUGUCACUGAAGCUUAUCUGCUCUGUGCUUUGCUAUUUAUGAACUGAAUGUUAUGAACUUUGCAGUACUGCCGGACCUGUGCCUCGUACCAAGAGACUAUUAGGGGGAACAUGCUGAUGUCCUGAAUGAUAGCCUACUGAAAUUAAAUACAUAACACAUAAAAUAAAAAGUUUUCCUUUCUCUA